UUCAGAAGACGCAUUUUUCGUUCCUCCUCUAACUUUAAGGGGGCUUUUUAGCUUUUGGGUAGCUAUCCGUUUCGGGAAAACAUCUGAAUCAUUUUAUAACCAAAGCCAGCUGCUGCACAAGUCUAUGCGUGCGUGUGUGAGUGUGCGUGUAUUCGUUUUGUAUGAGGAAGAGGGAGAGAGUGUUAAGAGUAUCUGAUCGCUUUGCUCUCCAAAAAGGAAAGAAAGAAAGAAAGAAAGAAAGAAAGGGGGGAAUCGCUUGGACUUCUUUUUCUUCCCGAAACUUUUUUUUUUUGUAGGAAUGAACGCAGAGACGUGCGUUUCAUACUGCGAAAUGACAUCUAUGGAUUCAUAUUAUAGCCCAUCUGCACCGCAAGGUAGGGAUCACCAGGCGAACCCUUUCAGGACAUUCCAGGCGAGUGACACCAAAUACAGCCCCGCUUUCCUGACCAACAAAGGUCAGGGGUACGGGGAGAAAUCUGGGAGCCCGUUCCAGCAGGAAUGCCAGUCAUUGGAUGCCACUGCUGGGGAAGGCACCUUUAACAAAUACCACCUCUUCAUGCAGAGGUCCUCCUGCAAAACUCCCCCAGACAGCAGCAAACUCCAGCAGGAAAGCGGACACAACGGAGGACUCAUCGCGUGUUAUGGUAAAGACAGCACAGGGCUGACAGAUUCUGAGUUGCCCCAAAACAGUGAUCCUGCAGGGAUGGAUGGCAGCUACCUCAGCGUAAAGGAGUCAGGAGUGAAAAGCCCUCAGCAGCCAAACUCAGAGUUGGCUUCUCCAUUGGACAAGGCUGAGGGAGAGAGCAACAAGGGCAAGAAAAGACGCAACCGCACCACCUUCACAAGCUAUCAGCUAGAGGAGCUGGAGAAAGUCUUUCAGAAAACACACUAUCCCGAUGUCUACGCCCGGGAACAACUCGCACUGAGGACUGACCUGACAGAAGCUCGAGUACAGGUGUGGUUCCAAAACCGCAGAGCCAAGUGGCGGAAGAGAGAGCGUUUCGGACAGAUGCAGCAGGUCCGGACACAUUUUUCCACGGCCUAUGAACUGCCCCUUCUCACUCGGCCUGAGAACUACGCUCAGAUUCAGAACCCUUCUUGGAUAGGCAGCAGCAGUGCGGCGUCUCCGGUGCCCGGCUGCGUUGUACCCUGCGACUCAGUCACUUCCUGCAUGCCACCUCAUCCACAUGCUGCUAGCGGAGUGUCUGACUUCUUGGGCGUACCCAGUCCUGGAGGUCACAUGGGACAGACACACAUGGGCAGCUUGUUUGGGAGUCCAGGCAUGAGCACUGGCAUUAAUGGGUAUGAUCUAAACAUGGACCCUGACCGGAAAUCCUCCAGCAUCGCGACAUUGCGAAUGAAAGCUAAAGAACACAGUGCAGCCAUCUCUUGGGCUACAUGACUCCCCCGUGAUCAGGACAUUAUCUCUGAAGUCCCUCAACAAAUAAGAGAAGGAGCAAAUGUUAACAUGAGUUAGCCACAAAAGCAUGACCUGGGAACAAGGAGUGCGUGGAUUGACAAAGAAAAAAGUAAUAGAGAUACCAGGAUGAUUUAUUUCAAUUUGAAGUCUAGAGAGACAAGACAAAAUCAGAGAUCAUAAAACUGAGAAUGUUCUGGCUUUAAAACAAGAAAGAAAUAAAAGAAAGACGACAGAAACUUGACAUCUGAAUGCAUAAAAGAAUUAAAUGAAAAAGAAAAAAUGAAUAGAAAAAAACCCUGCACUUAUCCGCCACUAGUGUCCCAUUUGUAAACAUACAUAAAUUUAUAUAAACACAUCUGGCUUUGUUUUCAUCUCAGCAUAAUCAAAACCUGUUAAAUUCCUGUUCUGUCACAGACUCCUUUUCUAAAUAUGCCAUCUCUGCCUAGACUGUUCCAAAGGACUUACAAUAGAGUUUCUCACAGUAAAAACUUUCCCAUUGCAGCCUUUAUCCAAACAUGUAUGCAGUAGUAAUCGGGGUAGACUGGACUUUCUUUUUAUACUAACUCCCCAUAUAAAACCUGACAAAAUCCCUCAUUGAUCACACCAACAUUGAUUAGUUUGUUCAUAUUAAUUCAUUUGGCCUUGCAGACGUCUAUCAGCUAUUUAGAAUAAGUACUACACGUGCCACAGUCUAAAAAGGGGCCAAGCACUUGAGAAAAAGUCUGUUGGGAGCUGCGCAUCAGGCAUGAUAGACUUAAGAGGGCCUGGAGGUGCCAGACAUCAGCCAAAAAAUAAAGGCAUAACUCUCUUGCAGGUAACUAGGCAUUCCAAGGAAGUUUUCACUUGCCUUGAUGAAUUGUGUGCCCCCAGUACCAGUAGUCCCAGGAAAAAAAAGAGAAGUGCGAUCUGCUAGUGCAAACCCAAUGUGGUGGUGGUCUCUGUCCACACUGCAAUCUAUCUUUCUCUUCUUAGCAACCACAUUUAAUUUUUUUUUCUGGAAGAAAAAAUUGUUUUAAAGCUGUUUGGCAAGAUAUGACAGCAGCAUUCUCUGAGAUACAAAUCUUGGAUCCGUCAUACAAGCCAACAAAUUGAAUGUUAAACAUAACUAAGAACUACAGUCUACAGAGAAUGAAGGAUGCAAAAAUAGGUUGAGAAAGUUUUCUUUCUUUGUGUCAUGAAUAUCAUGACACGCUUGAAUUUUUUCAGUGAAUGUUGGUGCCUUAGCUGCCUUCAUUCUCUAAGCCCUGGCUAUAUAAUAUCUACAGUGUUGGGGCUGUCUGAAAUUUGAGCCAUGCUUCAUUAAUUUUUUUGGCAGAAGUACCCAUUGCAAUAUCUCAAAUGAAACUAUCAACUUGCCAAUCUGGGCAUCAUCCUCCACGGCUUUGAUUGGGUGGAAGCAAUACUGGGCUUUGGCAUGUAAUCACUGACAUUGCCAUGCACAGAGGUGACAGAAAUAUAAAGCAAGCACUAUUGCAAGGUACUACAAGCUUUCUGAUUUUCCAGAGUCAGAUUUAGAUCAGGUAAAACAAAGAAAGCUGUUUGAAAUCUGGAGACGAAUCUGAUCCGUUCUGCCCUUUGGAGAAGCCAUUUCUAAUUUGUAAUGAGAACCACAUUUCCUUUCCUUCAUUCUGCUGUGCAGCUUAUCUAGAUCCCUGGAGAUACUUAUAUAU